AUGCAUCUGCGACGCUGGUUUUCCUUUCGCUCAUACAGCAAAAGUCCCCCCUUCUCUCGGACUUUCACUCCUACUACAAAGCUCAGGAUGGCCUCCUCGACGGCCGCCGCUCUCUACGCCCUGACAUUAUCUGCCUCUCCGGGCUCCUCCGCACCAGAUGAUGCCAGUAAGAAGGCGCAUCAUGUCAAAAAUGGGUUUGACAAUCCUUGGGACUCGUUUACCUCGCCUUUUGACAAACAGGGGCAGUUUAUAUGGCACAUGGUGACUGGCAAGGGCAAUCGUCCUGACACCACUCCUCCAACUGUUCCUGUACAGAAACCAGAGUUUCUACCUAGUCGCGAGACGUCUACUCUGCGAGCGACAUGGUUAGGCCACGCUUGCUAUUACGUCGAGUUUCCUGGCGGACUGCGAGUACUAUUCGACCCAGUUUUCGAGGAUCGAUGCUCUCCACUAUCAUGGUUAGGACCAAAGCGUUAUACCCAGCCGCCAUGUGAGAUCAAGGAUAUCCCUGUCAUCGACGCAGUCGUGAUCUCCCAUAAUCACUAUGAUCACUUGUGUCUUUCGACUGUCCAGGAUAUUCAUAAGCGACACCCGAACUGCCACUUCUUUGUCCCUCUUGGAAACAAGGAAUGGUUUAACAAGACCGGAAUAUCGAAUGCAACAGAACUUGACUGGUGGGAUGAGCGCAACAUCCUCCUUUCUCCGUCGCAACCCUCGACCCAGGUGGAGACAACCGAUCAAAGCACAAUCUCGAAACCAGCCGAUAUUGCUGCUCGGAUCGGCUGUUUACCUUGCCAGCAUCUUAGCGCCAGAACACCAUUUGACCGAUGUAAAACCCUCUGGGCCUCGUGGUACGUGGAGUCCGGCGGCCGCAGGGUUUACUUCGCUGGAGACACUGGUUAUCGCUCGGUGCCAACACUUCCAAAUGAUGUCGAUGACCACGCCCCGGAAUACAACUUUCCCUCAUGCCCUGCUUUUAAGCAAGUGGGCGAGUUCCGUGGCCCGUUCGAUCUUGGACUGAUCCCUAUUGGUGCGUAUCAGCCACGAUGGUUCAUGAGUCCUAUGCACGCAGACCCUCACGACGCUGUUGAGAUCUUCCGGGAUACCAAGUGCAAACAAGCUCUGGGCAUGCACUGGGGUACCUGGGUGUUAACUGAAGAGGAUGUCCUCGAGCCCCCUAAGAAGCUCAAGGAGGCAUUGAAGAAACAUGAGAUCCCUGAAACUGGGGUGUUCGAUAUCUGUGACAUUGGUGAGAGCCGAGAGUUUUAA